GACACUGGUUAAAAGGCCAGAUGGAAGUAGCAGCUGCUCAGAUCUGGGCAGCUUUCCUGCAGAGAUGGUCCUGCUCCUGCUCCUGGUGGCCCUUCUGUCCCCUACCGGGGAGGCAGGGAAAAUCAUCGGGGGCCACGAGGCCAAGCCACACUCCCGUCCCUACAUGGCGUUUCUUCAGGUCAAGAUUUCAGGGGAACCUCAAGAAUGUGGGGGUUUCCUCGUGCGUGAGGACUUCGUGCUGACAGCGGCUCACUGCCUGGGAAGCUCAAUCAACGUCACCCUGGGGGCCCACAACAUCAAAGAACGAGAGAGGUCCCAGCAGGUCAUCCCAGUGAGAAGAGCCAUUCCCCACCCACGCUAUAAUGAUGAAACUCUGGCCAACGACAUCAUGUUACUGCAGCUGACUAGGAAGGCUGACAUUACGGAUAAAGUGAGCCCCAUCAACCUGCCCAGGAGAUUGGCGAAGGUGAAGCCAGGGAUGAUGUGCAGUGUGGCCGGCUGGGGGCAACUGGGGGUAAAUAUGCCCUCUACAGACAAACUACAGGAGGUAGAUCUUGAAGUCCAAAGUGAGGAGAAAUGUGGGGAUCGCUUCCAAGACUACCACACCUCCACACAGAUAUGUGCUGGAGAUCCAAGCACGAGGAAGAAUUCUUUCUUGGGUGACUCUGGGGGCCCGCUUGUGUGUAAUGGUGUGGCCCAGGGCAUUGUGUCCUAUGGAAGAGAUGAUGGGACAACUCCAGAUGUCUACACCAGAAUCUCCAGCUUUCUGUCCUGGAUCCAGAAAACAAUGAGACGGUACACACGCCAGGGAUCAGCAUGACAUGUCCGCGGGAUGGACCCCUCCAUCUUCCCUGGGAUUGGAAGCACUGGUCAAAGUGUGUGGAGGAAGGUUGCCUGGAACUUAAUAAACAUUCAUCUCUUGAAAAGAAA